UUCUCCUCCGCCGGGCUCUCCCAAACCCUCCAAACCCUACAAUAAAAAAUGAAAUGCGAUCCAUAAAGCUAUGAAUCCGAAUUACAGUAUCUUUACAAAUAAUUCAAAUCCUUACUCAAGCUUUUCGCGGAUCAAGCGGCUCUCAGCUUCAAUUCAGUUAGCGGCAUUGCCUCUGACACACCUUGGUGAUAAGGCCAUGUUCUUGGCUCACAUGACUCCGUUUUACCCUAAGGAGCUCACCGUUCUUCUUCGAACUUCCGGGAAGUCAUUGUGGGAAUUUAAUGAUCAGGACAGGAAAGCGUUAGAAGAAGACCCUUCCGUAUUUGAUUAUGAUGAUAUAAAAUCGAAAAUGGUUCAGCUGAAAGCCGAAAAUAAGCAGCAGCGCCAGUUAUUUGAACAAAUGGAAUGAAUAAGAAUGAAAAUGCAAC